UUGUCACAAACAUAAUGACAACGGUUGAUAAUGAAAACGAUGAUGAUUGACGACGCUUAGUCGAGCAUUGCGUGAAAAUUGGCGCAUCGUAUGAUUGUAACGUGCCUGGGGACUUCACCGCUGUAUCUUCUUCCUUCACCCCUGACUCCGAGUGACAGACUCUGCUGUAGCCGAGCUUGAAAAUGGUCAACUGGAAUUGGAAAGCCACUUUCCGAUUGAUCAAGCACUCGCCUAAAUUCUUCUUGGAACGCCGAUGUAUCACUCUGGCUUUAGUUUCCGGUUUCAGGGCUUUCUCCAGUGGAAGCAGCGCUAAGUUACAAUGUAAUAUUUUUCGCGGAAAGCAGAGGCUUUUCCCUAUUUUCGGUUACGUAGAAAUAGAAGAAACUUGUAUCGGAAUGCCGGCUGGAGUUCAGCGUCAAUGUUAUGGUUCAUUAGCUGGAUCUGUUCAUAGAAACCCACGGUUUUCAGCGUUAAAUGAUGAUGAUAUUAUAUAUUUUGAGAGCAUACUAGGGAACAAAAAUGUCAUCCAGGACGAGGAGAGGCUUAUUGCUGCCAAUACUGAUUGGAUGCACAAAUAUAAAGGAUCCAGUAAACUCCUGCUACUGCCACGGAGCACCGAGGAGGUAUCUCAGAUACUAAAAUACUGCAACUCUAGAUGCCUGGCUGUUGUUCCUCAAGGUGGAAAUACUGGUCUUGUGGGUGGAAGUGUACCUGUUUUUGAUGAAGUGAUUAUCAAUCUUAGUUUGAUGAAAGAAAUCAUAUCUUUUGACAAGGUAAGUGGUAUAUUGGUGUGUGAAGCAGGAUGCAUAUUGGAAAAUAUAAUAACAUUCCUGGACAAUGAAGGAUUUAUUAUGCCACUAGACUUAGGUGCCAAAGGCAGCUGCCAGGUUGGUGGAAAUGUCUCAACUAAUGCUGGUGGUUUGCGCCUUGUUCGCUAUGGAUCCCUUCAUGGAAAUGUACUUGGUCUUGAAGCUGUUCUGGCAAAUGGUACUGUAAUUGACAUGCUUAAGACGCUACGCAAAGAUAACACCGGCUAUGACUUGAAACAUCUAUUUAUAGGAAGUGAAGGUUCCCUAGGAAUUGUUACCAAGGUUUCCAUACUCACACCACCAAAAUUAUCUUCCGUCAAUGUGGCUUUUCUUGCUUGUAAAGAUUAUAUCAGCAUCCAGAAAUUGCUACAGGAAGCAAAGAGAAGACUCGGGGAGAUAUUAUCUGCAUUUGAAUUUUUAGAUGGCCCAUCUAUGAAUUUGCAGGUUUUAAAUCAUUUGGAAGGUGCACGGAAUCCAUUACCUGCGUCAAUGCAUAACUUUUAUGUUCUGAUUGAGACUACAGGAAGUGAUGAAUCCUUUGACAAACAAAAGCUUGAAGCAUUUUUACUUCACUCUAUGGAAAAUGAAUUGGUAUCUGAUGGUGUUCUUGCCCAAGACAUAAACCAAGCUUCAUCGUUUUGGCAUUUACGGGAGGGUGUGCCAGAGGCACUAAUGAGAGCGGGAGCUGUUUACAAAUAUGAUUUAUCGAUACCUGUUGAAAAGUUGUACAAUCUUCCUGAAGAAUUGCGCGCUAGACUUGGCAAUAUCGCUAAUGUAGUAGCAUAUGGUCACCUGGGAGAUGGUAAUUUGCACUUAAACAUCUCAGCUCCCCAGUGUGAUGAUAAGAUUUUAUCACAGAUCGAACCUUAUGUGUAUGAAUGGACAUCGAAGCACAAUGGCAGUAUAAGUGCAGAGCAUGGCCUUGGAUUAAUGAAAGCUAAUGAGAUUUUCUAUAGUCAGUCACGUGAAACUGUGCAAUUAAUGGCUUCAAUCAAGAAUCUGCUGGAUCCGAACAAAAUACUCAAUCCAUAUAAAGUUCUACCACACACUACCCAAGCUGCGUACAAGAAUCGGCUCCCUUUUGCAGCUGAAGUGGGAUUUUGGUCAGCCUGCACUGUUACACAUGUGCUAAACUCGAUCGACCAUUAUUCAUGAUCUUUAUUUAGCCAGGCCUCCUGUGUGUAUUUCCAGUUUUUCUGUAUGAAUGUAAGCUGACAUUCUCAGUCUUUCUUGAUGUUGAUGAUGAUGAUGAAAUGGACAGUUUCUCUAGUUGGGAAAAAAGAAGACAGUCCUUUUUUUUUUUGGUUUGUGACAGUGACCAUUUCUUUCAAGUUUCAAUGUCGUCAUCAGAAGUACACUCUGGUUCUGUUGUGCGACUUUCACAGUGGACGUUGACUAUGCCUUCUUUUUACCCACGCCUACCCCGUAGCACCGUCUUAUGUAUUAUUUGUAUUCUAAAUACAUUUUUUCCGAUGUAGUGAGAAUAGCACUUUUCUUUUCCUCAACAUUUUUAAUUUAGCAAAUGCUACGGUGCCAAAACAAGUGAUUAGCCUGCUUUAUAAAAGUUUACAUUGAAAGGUUCAUGUA